AAGAACAAAUAGAUGGGGUAAUUAGAUUUAGCUAAUGAGGAUAAAUACACUUAACUUUGAGAGAACUUUAUCAGGGCGCUUAUCAAAAUAUGCUGUUUGAACCUAACUGGGUGUAGGAGUGAGAUUCACGAGAAUGGGUCGAGGAGAAUAAGCAACAAGAAUCAACCGAGAACUUAGGAACAAAGGGAAGGAAGAAUGGAGUUGAGAGAGUGUCUUUUAGAGAGAGAAGUUUGUUCUUUGCUUAGAGAUAGAGUCUGCAAAAUCUGAUCCCCUUACCCACCAGAGUAAAUGCCAUAUUUAUAGGCUACAUGGUGGUGAGUGAGUUACAUGGUGACAUGACUACUGACAUGUCAGAGGUCUAGACCAUACCUCAGAGGUCUAGACCAUGCCUCUACCUACGACUAGUACAUUUAGCCUCUUAUUAUACCUAGGAGGCUAGGAAUAUGAUGGUGACCACUCAUCGGGAGGGGCGCAGCGUCGUUUUCCACAGUUUUGCUGAUCUGGUCAACGCUAGACUCGAACGUCGUCGUUCGGUGUUUGGGCUGUGAAUUUGGUCGCGUCGGUGCUGAUGCCCCCAACUCUCUUGGUAGCUGUGCUGGUGCACCUUUCUGGUGCGCCUUUUUGGUUGCGUCGGUGCUAGCGCGCCCAACUCCUUUAGUAACGGUGCGUCGGUUUUUCCUUGGCGUGGCGGGAUCCGAGUCAUAUACCCAACAUAUGCCAAUAGCUUGGGAAUUACAGAAACCUCACGUAAAAUAUUUUGGGUUGUGCAGAGUUUUAGUGUGGUUAAUGAUAAUUUGAUUUGUAAUAGAUGAAACUAUUGGAGAUAAUGAUAACAUUGUGUUGAAUUUGGAAGCACGGUGGCGAAUUGGAUAAGUACAGCCUGUACUCGUAUUCCAGUACCUCGAAUUGUUGACAAAGAAAUAGGCACAAAUCUUUUAUGGCCCAUUCAUUCUUUUACGACAAACUUGUUGGUAUUUGUUCUUGUGGAGUGGUGCAAUGCUCAUCUCUUAUUCAUCGAUCAAUAACACGAUCGAGUUGACUAAACCAUCUUUAACACUGAAAGCUUAUUCAAGUAACAUGCACCGUGCCGAAAUUUUUUGUUGAUCUUAAUAAAACGGAGAUUCAAAAGGGUUUGGCGGUUUCGACACCCCAAAAGAAAUGGAUAGUGAAUUGACGAGGAAGGUUUUGCACCUGAAGGAGUUCUACGCAUAAUUUAGGGGAUAUGAAAGAUUAUUUUAGGUAUAAUCUAAUGCCGAUUGAAACUUGGUCGACAUAGCCUCAUCUAUGUAAUGGAGAAAUUUUGAUGAUAACUUAACGAGUCACUAACGAUGAAAUGAUAAGUCAUGAUUCGUUGUAUAAAGUCAAAACUACCGUAUAAAAAGUUGAUAGCCCCGAAGUUUUAACGGUCAUUAACUCAUUAUUGAGGGUUCGAACUGUAACUUAACUCUACCUAAACCAUCAUUUUGAAUGAGGGAUGAUGGUUAUAACCCUCAUAUAAAGUCAUAAACACAAAAUUGGUACUUUAUACAUACAUAUUCACUAAGCUAUAAUAUUGUUUGAUCCAGAUUAAUUGAUACGUUUAAAAAAUUGUCAUGUUCACGUCUAAUGGUUACAUGUCAACUAACAGCAAAUCGAAACCUAUAAAAAAAUAUAAAAUGCAAUCAAACGUACAAAAUGGUUUUAAUUAAUAAAAUUGAAGAAGGUCAUUGGUACUAUUUUUUAUUUCUUUUUUAUUAUUAUUUGCAUGUUACAUAAUAUGUUACGUCGAAUAAGACGGGAAAAAAGAGAAAUAAUAUGGACCGUCGGAUCUGCGAAAACUGAUUGUUUUAAAGGGGGCGUGGGACCGUCGAUCAAGACAGUUCGUUGACGCCCUCGCCCAAUGGUUGGUGUCGUUUAAUAUGUGUUUCCAUCUGUCGUUUUUCAGCAAAGCUGAUGGGGAUUUAAUAUUCCUUCGUGGGCCUUUGGGCUUUCUUGUCGACAGUGUUGACAAGAUGUUGUCACUUCUUGCUCUUUUACUUUCGCGUCGACGAACUGACAGAUGGCUUUCUAUUUGGGCUUCUAUUUGAGGCUGGGGCUUCGGGAAUAGGUUGAAUUGGGCCGAACCAUGGAAGCCCAACCUCCAAAGGGCCUUUUUCAUUUCUCAACCACUCCACGUCCCACCCGUCGUUUCCCUGCCGACCCGAGACCCGGAUCCAAAGUCCAGCUUCCAGAAUCCAGCUAAUGGUCUCAGAGUCAGAGUCAGCCGAUCGUCUUCCCCAACCCCGUCUCUACCGUCUCUCCAUUUGCAGAACUUCGAGAAACCGCCAUCGCAACACUUGCUCGAGCUGCCAGAAAAAAACACGCAGAAACGGCCAAUCCAUACUCUCUUCGCCGCCGCUGCAGAGCCAAUUUCUGAUAACCGCUCGCGGAUUUUCAGCAAUUGCGAACCAUGUCGUCUUCCGAUUCCAGCUCCUCCUCCGCGUCCGACGAUCCAAACCCUAAGCUUAAACCUCAGCCACUCGAGAGCCAAUUCCAAUCGUCGCUAACUCUCGAAGACUCGGAUGGUGUCGCGCGGACCGAUGACGCAUCUGCGGCCGAGCAGCAGCAGGAGCAGCAAGAUGAGGGUUCGGGAAAUGGAUCGGUUGACGGCGUCGUUAAUGUCGAGGACAACGGUCAUCGCGACAGCAGCGAUCGAGAGGAGGGAAUAGGUUCUGGCGAGGCUCGCGAUGGGGAUGGUGGUAGCGGCGGCGGUGUUGUGUGGAGGAGGGCGAACUCGGAGGUGGAAUUGGAGGUGGAGGCGCCGGCUAGUCCGAGCAGCAGUGGGUAUGCUGGUGAGAGAGGUAGCAGCGGUGCAAGUAGCGCUUCGAGAGCUGACGACGCCAGCGAAGAAGACGAGAUAGAGGAAGUUGGGAACGAUGGUGAUGGCGCUGAAGGUGCUAUGGACUCGCAAGCGGAAUGGACUCCUGGGAAGCGGCAUGUUGAUGAGGAUGAUGCUUCUAUUUCAUGGAGAAAGAGGAAGAAACACUUCUUUAUAUUGAGUAAUUCUGGAAAACCCAUAUAUUCAAGAUAUGGGGAUGAGCACAAGCUGGCAGGAUUCUCUGCAACUCUGCAAGCCAUCAUAUCUUUUGUAGAGAAUGGGGGAGAUCGAGUCAAGUAUGUUAAGGCAGGCAUGCACCAGGUGGUUUUUCUUGUAAAAGGACCGAUCUACCUUGUAUGCAUCAGCUGUACAGAAGAACCGUUCGAGUCUCUGGUUGCACAACUGGAGCUUGUAUAUGGUCAGAUGAUUCUCAUUUUAACCAAAUCGUUAAAUAGAUGUUUCGAGAAAAACCCGAAGUUUGACAUGACACCCUUGCUUGGAGGAACAGAUGUUGUCUUCUCAGCCCUAAUCCACUCAUUUAGUUGGAAUCCAGCUGCAUUUCUUCAUGCAUACUCUUGUCUUCCUCUUCCUUAUGCAACAAGACAAGCCGCUGGUGCUAUAUUGCAAGAUGUUGCUGAUUCUGGUGUCCUCUUUGCGUUAUUAAUGUGUAAACAUAGAGUUAUCAGUCUUGUUGGCGCCCAGAAAGCUUCUCUUCAUCCCGACGACAUGCUGCUACUUGGAAAUUUUAUAAUGUCAUCUGAGUCCUUUAGGACUUCUGAAUCUUUCUCACCAAUUUGCUUACCAAGAUACAAUCCUAUGGCAUUUUUGCAUGCUUAUGUCCAUUAUUUUGAUGCUGACACGUACCUGAUAUUGCUAACAACCCGUUCAGAUGCUUUCUACCAUCUUAAAGAUUGCAGGAUUCGUAUUGAAACAGUACUUCUGAAGUCAAAUGUACUUAGCGAAGUUCAGAGAUCCACACUAGAUGGUGGGAUGCGCGUUGAAGAUUUAUCUGUUGAUCUACAGCAGCAUACUGGAUCUACUUCUCGUGUUGAAGAUAAGCCACACACUGAGACUCUUGAAAGAAUCAGGGAAUCAUCACUUGUUGGCCUUGGUGGUCCUGCUGGACUUUGGCAUUUCUUAUAUCGCAGUGUGUAUCUUGAUCAGUAUGUGUCAUCUGAGUUCUCCUCACCAAUUAAUACCCACCGGCAGCAGAAAAGAUUGUACAGAGCUUACCAGAAGCUAUAUGUUUCAAUGCAUAGCAAAGGAAUCGGACCACACAAAACCCAGUUUAGAAGAGAUGAGAACUAUGUUUUGCUCUGUUGGGUCACCCCUGAUUUUGAACUAUACGCGGCAUUCGAUCCACUUGCAGACAAGGCGCUGGCUAUAAAGACGUGCAACAAGGUGUGCCAAUGGGUGAAAGAUGUUGAGAAUGAGAUCUUUCUACUGGGAGCAAGCCCCUUCUCCUGGUGACAUCCAAUUCCUAUCCCUCCCUAAGUAAUCUGUUAAAUCAUUCUUUUUUUGUACACGAGUACUGCUCUUUUCCCUCCUUUCCAUGUCCAGUCUGUUGAAUAAAUCUAAUAGCUUUAGUCUGCUCCUCACUGCUCUUUUCUCGCCGAUCCAUAAGCCGCGCAGCCUGAGUGCGGUCCGGUAGCUCAGUUAGCAGCCAAUUUGUUCAGUUCACUGAUGUAUAAAUUUGUGCGCUACUUAGCGACUGUACUUGUGCAUUAGCUCCCUCGCCUGCUCUGUUAAUCUGCCUACUAGCUCCUCGUGUCCUGCUUCGAUGAGGUUCACUUCGUGUUUUCGAUGAUUGUUGGUCACAAUGUUCGAGUCAAGUUUAUGGCAGACCCAUCUGGUUUCGAACUUUCAAAUGGUCAUAUUUUUUUUUUUCUUCUAAUGAAUUAUUACUACAUUGAAUUUUGUAGUUAAAUAAAUUAGGUGGACUUGCUUUGCUCCUUCCAACAAUGUCAAACAACGUAUUUAAUUCUACUCGUUAUAUGUGGGAGCGGGCCAUGUCUGUGGUCGAGUUUGAUGUUACUUUCUUUACAUGUUAAUAAAUUGCUCACAAAAAUGGGAAUCUUACAAAAUAUUAAAACAGUUUGGAAAAAGCCGGUUGCCACGUAAGCCUCGGAGCAUUGCCCGCAAGUUUCGGAACUAUUAGUUUUUCCCCUUAUUUUGUUUUUGUUUUCCCGUUUUUUGUUUGUUUUUUUGUUUACCUACAUUUCAAAUUUACCCACCCACCAGAAAAAAUAACAAAAUAAAAGGGUAAUUUAUUCAGGAUAAUAUUCACCAAGCAAAAGUACAAAAAAAAAGUGUGCAAGUUCCUACUAUAGUACAUUAAAAUUUCAUUAUUUCAAUAAGAAUUUUCAAAUUUGAAACCACAAAUUUUAAGAAACAAAUUUAUUAUAAGGGCUAUAAAUCAUAUAGGUUGUACUUAAAAAAUCAACAUAGGAUAUUGGUGCUGAAAUCAUGGUUUAACUAUCGUUCAACCAUUUCAUAUCAUUUGAAGCUGCCAACCGAUUUAACUAUUGGUAUGAGACCUUUUAGGUCGAACUACCAGUAUAGUACAGUUUUAGACACUGAUUAACUACCGAACGAGCAUAUAUACACCAGAAAUUUGGAGCAUAUAUUAUUCAAGAUUAUGGAUUUGAUUGUCUUCAAUUAUACAAAUCGUUAUAUAAGACGCUACACUGAAACUUGAUAAACAACCAGUUCAUUAAAACAAAUAAAAUUAUAGAAAUACUCCCCCAAAAGAAUGGGUCAAUAUUAAAGAGUUUAACCAUCAUAAAUUGACAUAAUAUUUAAAGAAUGAGAAUUUUUAAGGUAUGUUCACGAUAGAUUUAGUAAAUAAACAAUAUUUUUCGAU